AUGGCGGAGGUGCAUAAGGAUACGAGUGCGGAACACACUACCGAGGAUGAGUGUUACGAUCAUAGAAAGGAACAGCGGCAAUUGAUUAUGGCUCGCCGUGAAGAAAAAGGUUUACAAAAGCCAAGUAAGAACUUGGACACGAAAAAGAGGAAAGGAAGGGGACCUACAAAGUCACUAGGGAAACACACCCUAAUGACUUUGGAUUACGAUGAUUUGGGGCAACCUUGUGGAAAGUGGCGUCAAAAGUAUGCCAUGCAAGUUGGUAUUUGCAUGCAUAAGCUCUCCAUUCUCCACUCAUGGAAAGAGGUCCCCGAGACUUUGAAGAAGAUGAUUUGGGAAGAUACUAUGAAUCAAUUCAAUAUUCCAAAUGAUGAAGCGAAGAAGGAUUUGUUUCUAUCCGCGGUUGCCCAGAGGUUCCGAGACUUCAAGGCCAAGCUAGUGUCGGGGUGGAUCACGAAGAGGAGAAAAGUCGGGGGAACAAAGAAGAAGAAGAUCUACGACGAGGGAGCAACACCUUAUUCUGAGGCUUCACAGGGCACAUCAUUUGAGGACCCCUCCAAGCUUCCAUAUCAGAUAUGGAGGCAUAUCACAGUCGAGGAGUGGUAUGCAUUUGUCAAACAAAAAACAACCCCAGAAGCUAUUGCAUAUGGUUCUAAAAAUAGCGCGAAUGCAAAAGCUAGGAAGCACUAUCACCAUCUGGGUGCUCAGUCGUAUGGUCAGGCGAGAGAAUCGUGGAUGUACAACCAUUACCCCACGAUUGCGUCGACCACGACAUUGGGCACUAGCUCUACGACGACAGUUGCACAGCGGCAACCAGAUAGAGCGCUCGAUUGGUGGUGUUCCAUGCAUGGGGUUGAUGCAAAGGGACAGAGAGUCAUACCUGAUCCCGCAACCAAAGCAGAUAGCUAA